UCAGUGAGGAAUUUUAUCGAGCGGGUGGUACCACUCUUGCCUCCUAUGGUGUUUUCCGGCCUUCCGGGGGUCAAGUGACCACCCUUCCCCCAACGCGCCUGCUCCAGCGGUUCCUUCCACUCGCACGGCGUCGUAUUGAGACCGCUCAAGCUCAGGAUGGGCAAUAUCCCCAACCUUCUGACCCUGCUUAUGAGCAAGUACUGGAUUCCUUAGCUAUGGUAGCUUGACAUAAACGCAUAACUCUUUUAGAAGCCCUUCUAAGAUGGAGAGAAAGUGAAUCCCCAAAAGGUGAAAAUGAGGCAUCUACAUUCCAAAGAAAGCAUGUGGUGGAGUGCAUUUUUUGUUCAGCAUGUAUUCCCUUUUUCGAGUGCUGUCCACAAGAAGGACUUACAGAGAAACUUUGGUUGGGGCUUGAAAUCUCUUUACCAACAAACACAACAACCCAAUUACUCAUUCUCUACUCUAGCACAGAACCAAACAACACCCACCAAGAAUUUCAAAACAUUCUCCCAUAUUUUCCAGCAAUGCUCCCAUGGCAGAGCUCCGAAUCCGGGAAAACAAGCCCAUGCUCGCAUGAUAGUUUCUGGGUUUGAGCCCACUGUCUUUGUUAAAAAUUGUUUGAUCCAAAUGUAUGUAAAGUGUGGCUUUUUGGAAUAUGCAAGUAAGGUGUUUGACGGAAUGCCACAGCGGGACACGGUCUCGUGGAACACCAUGAUUUUUGGGUACGCUGAGAGUGGAAAGAUGGGGUUUGCGCAGUCUUGUUUUGAUGUUAUGCCUGAGAGAGAUGUGGUCUCUUGGAAUUCUUUGAUUUCAGGGUACUUGCAGAGUGGUGACUAUCAUAAGUCUAUUGAAGUUUAUGUGAAUAUGGGGAAUGCGGGUGUGGAAUUCGACUGUACUACGACUGCUAUGGUUCUGAAAGCAUGUUCUGUUAUGGAAGAUAUUGGUUUGGGGAUUCAAAUUCAUUGUGUUUCAGUCAAGAUGGGUUUUGAUAUUGAUGUGGUCACGGGAAGUGCUUUAGUAGAUAUGUAUGGGAAGUGUAAGGAACUGGAUUGUUCACUUCAGGUUUUCCGUGAAUUGCCUGAAAAGAAUUGGGUUUGUUGGAGCGCUGUGAUUGCAGGUUCUGUUCAGAAUGACCAGUUUGUCAAGGGUAUAGAUCUGUUUAAGGAGAUGCAGAAAGCAGGAGUCGGGGUAAGCCAGUCAAUCUAUGCUAGUGUAUUCAGGUCCUGUGCAGGAUUAUCUGCAUAUAGGUUAGGCACUCAGUUUCAUGUACAUGCUAUAAAGACAGACUUACUAUAUGAUGUGAUAGUUGGAACUGCCACAUUGGACAUGUAUGCAAAAUGUGGCAGUAUGUCUGAUGCUAGAAAGAUAUUCAACUUGAUGCCAAAUCAUAGUUUGCAGUCAUAUAAUGCAACUAUUGUUGGCUAUGCUCGAAACGAGCAAGGUUUUGAAGCUCUUGAGUUAUUUCUGCUUUUGCUGAAGUCUGGUCUUGGUUUUGAUGAGAUAACAUUAUCUGGUGCACUCAGUGCUUGUGCAGUGAUCAAGGGGCACUUGGAGGGGCUUCAACUGCAAGUAUUAGUGGUUAAGAGUAGCUUGAGAUCAAAUAUAUGUGUAGCAAAUGCCAUUUUGGACAUGUAUGGUAAAUGUGGAGAUCUGUUUGGGGCCUCUCGCGUGUUUGAUGAGAUGGUAAGUAGAGAUGCUGUGUCUUGGAAUGCAAUUAUUACAGCUCAUGGACAGAAUGAAAAUGAAAAGGAGACACUUUCAUUCUUCAUUUCCAUGCUCCGCUCAAGGAUGGAGCCGGAUGAGUUCACCUUUGGCAGUGUUCUAAAAGUGUGUGCAGCUCAACAUUCUUUAAAUUAUGGGAUGGAAAUCCAUAGCAGAAUUAUUAAAUCUGGAAUGGGCAUGAACUUUUUCAUUGGAGGUGCCCUUGUCGAUAUGUACUGCAAGUGCGGAAUGAUGGAAGAGGCAGAAAAGAUACAUGACAGAACAGAAGAACAAACCAUGGUUUCAUGGAAUGCAAUCAUAUCUGGUUUCUCACUACAUAAGCAAAAUGAGGAUGCACAGAGAUAUUUCUCUCAGAUGUUGGAAAUGGGUGCAGAACCUGAUAACUUCACAUACGCAACGGUUCUUGAUACCUGUGCUAAUUUGGCUACUGUUGGACUUGGGAGGCAGAUCCAUGCUCAGAUUAUCAAGCAUGAAUUGCAAUUAGAUGUAUACAUAACCAGCACUCUUGUCGAUAUGUACUCAAAGUGUGGCAACAUGCAAGAUUCUUAUCUAAUGUUCAAAAAGGCACCUAAGCGAGAUGCUGUUACAUGGAAUGCCAUGAUUUCCGGGUAUGCAAACUUCGGCCUUGGAGAAGAUGCCCUUAGAAUUUUUGAGAACAUGCAGCUUGAGAAUGUUAAGCCAAACCACUCCACUUUUGUUUCAGUACUCCGAGCCUGCGGACAUAUAGGACAAGUUGAAAAGGGGUUACAUUAUUUCCGCACAAUGCGUAAUGACUAUGGUUUACACCCUCAGUUGGAGCAUUACUCGUGUAUGGUGGAUAUCAUAGGGAGGUCAGGUCAAGUUCAUGAGGCUCUGAGGCUUAUUCAAGAUAUGCCUUUUGAAGCUGACGACAUUAUAUGGAGGACGCUGCUUAGCAUUUGCAAGCUCCAUGGAAAUGUAGAAGUGGCUGAAAAAGCAGCCAGCUCUAUUUUGCAACUGGAUCCUCAAGAUUCUUCUACCUAUGUUCUACUAUCAAAUAUAUAUGCUGAAGCUGGAAUGUGGGGUGAGGUCUCGAAGAUGAGGAAAACAAUGAAGCAUAACAAAUUGAAGAAAGAGCCUGGUUGCAGCUGGAUUGAGGUGAAAGAUGAGUUACAUGCAUUCCUGGUUGGGGACAAGGCUCAUCCAAGAUGUAACGAGGUGUAUGAGAAGCUCAAUUUUCUAGUUGCUGAGAUGAUGAGAGUUGGAUAUAGGCCGGAAAUUGAUGUCCUGCUUGAUGAGGAGAUGGAAGAACAGGAGCUUGAAGAUAAGCUCAAAAUUAGUUGGUUACCCUUUGGUAACUCUUCUAUGUCUUGGUGAUGGUGCAAUUUUCAUCAACAACUUAAGCUCUCACUUGGAUCAACUCUACAAGUUUCUUAGAGACAAGACCCAUCGUUUAAUGGCCUUGGACUGUCUUCCCUGAGUUUUGAGCUUUUACUUGAGAGUCCACACAGAGGAUCAGCCACCUAAUUGUACAUGAGACUACUUAGACAGUGUAACCUCACAACACUUGACAGUUCUGAAGAAAGGAAUGCUUACUCAGGACAUCCAACAUGAUAAACUUGUGGAGUUCUGUGUGACCUUGAUUUUGCCAUGAACCAUAUGAUAACUCAAAUUGCUGAAGCAAGAUAGUACUAGUGAAGCAAAGUCUUCAUUUGCCAAAAAUAUGAACCUGAACCAAUAUUAUAAUCGAUGUCUUGAAAGAGCAUGAGGGAUGACAUCAUGCAGAGCUGCUAUUGGGAUUUUGGCAUCCAUUUGAUUUUGGACGAGAAUCUGAUGCAACCCCUCCUGACAUGACACUUCAAUCUGUAAUAUUUGAGAGCCUUGAUAAGAACAGGUGGGCUUGUUGUCUUAGUGAGCUUGUCAAAUACGCAGCUGAACUUUGCCCAAGAUCUGGCCAUGAGGCAAAGGCAGAGGUUAUGCAACGUCUGGCUCAUAUCACAUCUGUUGAGUUGGGUGGGAAGGCUAAUCAGUCACAAGAUGCAGACAACAAAUUGGAUCAGUGGCUUAUGUGUGCGGUGUGUAUGUUCGUCCACCAAAUAAUAGAGAAGCUGGUAGUAUAGUCGCAACCCAAGAUCUUUACCACCUAAUUUUGUCCGUCUCUAAAAUCUCGAUCUGAGGCACAUAUACAUGCAGCCGCAAUGACUCUUGGCCGCUCGCAUCUGGAAGCUUGUGAAAUCAUGUUUACUGAGCUUGCUGCAUCUUUCAUUGAUGAGGUUUCUUCUUCGGAGACAGAGGGAAAACCAAAGUGGAAGGUGCUGUAUGGUUAAACUCCUCAAAUUUCUUUUAUUUGAUGCUUUGACAUUUGAAGAAGACACUGAGCAUUAUGGCAUUAUCUAUGUUCUGAAUAUAUACUAUCGAGUGCGUCGAUUUGCAGUACUUUAUAGUUCUGUCACUUGAUAU